UACUAAUAUCGUAUACACCGUCUCUCACUCGUAGUAGUAUUCGUUUUCAAAUCUUCGAUUCCAUCACUGAUUUUUCUCUUCUCUCUUUCUCUCUCUCUCUCUAUCCUUCUCCGCCGAAGAUGGCGCCGCCUGCGGCAGCAGUUGAAGGCGGUGGGGCACCGCAAGGGAGGCAGCAACAGCAGCAAGGAGGGUUUGGCCUCACCGGAAUCAUUCGCAUGGUCGUUUUCUGGUACUUCGCUUCCAAAUUCUUUUCCCCCAAAAAACCUACCGAACCUUCCGCUCUCAUCUCCAAUCUCUUCCACAAAGCACAGCCUAUGGAUAUGUGGCUUUAUCUUUCUGAGCACGAGAAGUUUAAUGAUUUUGGUAGUGAAAGUUCUCUUGUAUGGCAUGAAACCAAUAUUCCGUAUGCUGUUUGGGGACCUGAGAGUACCAGGACUCUUACUUUGAAGUAUCAUCCAUCUGAGUCUUUGAAGCACAAUGGGAGUCUAUAUGCUCAUGUUUUCUUUGCACACUCUGGCUUUUCACCUGACCCAAGCGAUCCGGAAUACCAGCCUCAGGCAGCAUUCGGAAGGACACAUCCUGUUGUGACACACUUGCCCAAGUCAAAAGCAGAUAAAAAGAAAAGUCUGUUGGGAAGUUCACCAGAUUCUAGUGAGGCUCAAGUGACAUCCAAGGUGGUUGAUGAAACUGGAGAUGAUGAUGAUUCUAAGGAUGAUGGUCCUGUGGAGUGGGUUUCAUAUUGGAAACCAAACAUAACGAUAAACUUGGUUGCUGAUUUCACUCAGUACCCAAAAUCAGGCGUAGCACCAAAUAUUGCUCCCUCCUUGAACAUUGAUCCUUUUACUGGGAACUACUAUCCAAUUGUAUUUUUCAACGAGUUCUGGCUACUCAGGGAUAAGUUGAUACCUUUGAACGAGACAAUAACUGAAUUAUCACUUAACCUGGAAGUUGGUCCCAUUAGUAUGACAAAGUGGCAGUUAUUCAUGCAGAUCGACCAGUCCUUCCAGAUUCACCGUAAUUAUGGAAGCAUGCUUGAAGGCGAGGCCGAUGAACUCAAGAGGGUAUUCUUGGAAGGAAAUCCUUACCUCUUGGCAAUUACCAUGGUUGUUUCUCUUCUUCAUUCAGUCUUUGACUUCUUGGCUUUCAAGAAUGACAUCCAAUUUUGGAACAAAAAUAAAUCUAUGGAAGGACUCUCUGCAAAGACUGUUGUUGUGAGCUUUAUUUGUCAGCUUAUUAUCUUCCUUUAUCUGCUUGACAAUGACACCUCUUGGAUGAUUCUUGCAAGUUCUGGAAUUGGUUGUGUUAUUGAGUUCUGGAAAAUUGGAAAAGCCAUGCGCAUAGAGAUUGAUAGGUCAGGGAGGAUACCUAUGUUAAAGCUCCGAGAUCGAGAGUCAUAUGUACGGAAUAAAACAAAGGAGUAUGAUGAUAUUGCAAUGAAGUAUUUAUUCUAUGUUCUAUUUCUCCUUGUUGCUGGCUUUUCUGUUUACUCGCUGAUGUAUGAGCGUCACAAGAGCUGGUAUUCUUGGAUUCUGUCUUCGCUCACAAGUUGUGUAUACAUGUUUGGCUUUAUUAUGAUGUGCCCUCAACUGUUCAUCAACUACAAGCUCAAAUCUGUUGCUCAUCUACCUUGGAGGCAAAUGACAUACAAGUUUCUCAACACCAUAAUUGAUGACCUUUUUGCAUUUGUCAUAAAAAUGCCAACAUUGCAUCGGCUUUCUGUCUUCCGUGAUGAUCUUAUCUUUAUCAUAUAUUUGUACCAGAGGUGGAUUUAUCCAGUGGACAAGAAACGUGUAAACGAAUUUGGUUUUGGGGGUGAGGAUGACCAGGUUGUGGAUUCUGCUUCAGCAGUGACAGAUGCCGCAAAGGAAGAAGAGAAGAAAACUAAUUGAUGUGGUUUUCUCUAAAAAAUUUCAGAAAAUUUUACAGUAGAUACUUAAUACUGUAGAAUUCAGUGGGGAUUAAUUUCUUUUUCCACCCCUUUUGUUACAUAUUUGCAAUUAGAUUUUUGUUGAAAGAAAUUAGUUUUGCCUGCAGGAUGGAGGGUAUCUAACUACUAAGACCUUCAUGGUUGACUGUAAUGGUCUUACAGCUUUUUAUUUACCCUUCUGUAGUUUUUAUUUAUUCUCAAAUAUAUCUCCUUUAUUUUUGUGAUAGAUGACCCGUUUCCACUCUUUAAUGUAUUUUUAACUAAUUUAUCCUUGA